CAGCAACAUUAUUACUCCCGAUGGAAAGUAUGCCUCUGUUGUGGGUUACCAGUGAGUAACAUCUCAAGCAUUGACCUUGUUUUUAAUGAUUUAAUAAUUAAUGAUUGUGUCACCGUCCCAUACCUCACCCCAACGGCUACUUCCAGGAACAAGAAAGGGCAUUGAGUAAAAAUAGUUGACAAAUCCAAUAUGGCGGGAAGCUUGCUUUUGCUUUGCUAUAAAUAGGGCCAACCCCUCUUCCCUGUCAACCACAAAACUACAAACUUGGCUAAGCAUUCGCAACUUUAAGUAUCACUCUCUUUUCUCUCAAUCCUUCUGAGCACUACGUUCAUUACUUAUAUCACUUCAAUGGCUAUUCCCGUGAUUGAUUUCUCUAAGCUCAAUGGUGAGGAAAGGGCCGAGACACUGGCUCAAAUUGCAAAUGCAUGCGAGGAAUGGGGGUUCUUUCAGCUGAUGAACCAUUGGAUUCCGGAGGAGCUGCUGGAGAGGGUAAAGAAGGUUUCAUCCGAGUUCUAUAAGCUGGAAAGGGAAGAGAAUUUCAGGAACUCAAAGCUGGUGAAUUUGUUGGAUGAGACUGGUAAAAAGUUGGAGAAUGUGGACUGGGAGGAUGCCAUUAAUCUCCUGGAUGAUAAUGAAUGGCCAUCCCAAACACCUGGAUUCCAGGAAACCAUGAAAGAAUACAGAUUUGAGUUGAAGAAAUUGGCUGAGAAUGUCAUGGAAGUAAUGGAUGAAAACUUAGGCUUACCAAAGGGAUACAUCAAGAAGGCAUUCAAUGAUGGAGAAGGUGAGAAUGCCUUCUUUGGCACCAAGGUUAGCCACUACCCACCGUGUCCUCACCCUGAGAGAGUGAAUGGUCUUCGAGCGCACACCGAUGCAGGCGGUGUGAUCUUACUCUUCCAAGAUGACAAGGUAGGAGGCCUUCAAAUCCUGAAAGAUGAGCAAUGGAUUGAUGUCCAGCCCUUGCCAAACACCAUUGUCAUCAACACUGGUGAUCAGAUAGAGGUCUUGAGCAAUGGCCGGUACAAGAGCACUUGGCACCGUGUUUUGAGCACCAAUGACGGGAACAGGAGAUCGAUUGCUUCAUUUUACAAUCCAUCCCUUAAGGCGACCAUAGCUCCUGCACCACAGCUGGUGGAGAAAACAAACCAAGAAGUGAAACAAACCUAUCCCAAGUUUGUUUUUGGCGACUACAUGUCCGUUUAUGUUCAGCAAAAGUUCCUCCCUAAAGAACCAAGGUUCCAAGCUGUAAAGGCCAUGUAACAGCAAGAAGAUAAGAAGCUAAAAACUGAAAUGAUGAAUUUUUCUUUUCUUUUUCUUUUACCUUUCACUUUCUUCCUUGGUACAUGGCUCUUUAUAUAAUUAAGCAUUUGACCAAAGACGAGAGCUCUUUCUUUCCUCAAAAAUAAAAUUGCGGGGAAGGAUAGAGAGCUCAAAUAAUAUUACCAGGGUCUGUUUCUGGGUGAUGAACAUGAUGAGAUGCUCAUGCAUCUGCUAAAGUUGGCAUUGUAAAUUAUAAUCAUAUAUAUUUUAUGAAUUCUACUAUUUAUUUUAAGAAACAUCUUUCAGAGUAUUUGACUUCAUUGUGAUUUUCCUCUUGUUUUCAUUAUUUAA